UACCCGGACAGGCAAGGGUCUGUCUCGUCGGGGUGUCUCUGGGCCUCAGUCGUCGACAGGCCGGCGAGUCUCAGGCGCGAAGUGCGAGAUGCAAGUGGGAAAGCCCAUCCUCUAUUCCUAUUUCCGAAGCUCCUGCUCAUGGAGAGUUCGAAUUGCUCUGGCCUUGAAAGGCAUUGACUAUGAAACGAUGCCCAUCAGCCUCAUAAAGGACGGGGGCCAACAGUUCUCCAAGGAGUUCCAGGCUGUGAAUCCCAUGAAGCAGGUGCCAGCCCUGAAGAUUGAUGGAAUCACCAUUGGCCAGUCACUGGCCAUCAUUGAGUACCUGGAGGAGACUCGUCCCACUCCGCGACUUCUGCCUCAGGACCCAAAGAAGAGAGCCAGCGUGCGAACGAUUUCUGACCUCAUCGCUGGUGGCAUCCAGCCGCUGCAGAACCUGUCUGUCCUGAAGCAAGUGGGACAGGAGAACCAGCUGACCUGGGCCCAGAACGCCAUCACUUCUGGCUUUAGCGCUCUGGAGCAGAUCCUGCAGAGCACGGCUGGCCGGUACUGUGUAGGCGACGAGGUGUCCAUGGCUGAUCUGUGUUUAGUGCCUCAAGUGGCAAAUGCUGAAAGGUUCAAGGUGGAUCUCACCCCCUACCCUACCAUCAGCCGCAUCAACAAGACGCUGCUAGCCUUGGAGGCCUUCCAAGUGUCUCACCCCUGCCGGCAGCCAGAUACACCUGCCGAGCUGAGGGCCUAGCUCCCAAACCCUGCCCCGUUGGCACAGGGGCAGGAGAGGGGCACAGGAGCACAAGCUGGGUGGGCUGAACAGGCUGGAAAUGAGCAAGUCUUCAGUGGGGAGGCAGGAGACUUGAACUCUCGCCCUUGAAUUUAAACUCUAGCCCUAGGCUGUCUUCCCACUGAACCUUGUUCUGCCUCCGUCCCCUCAGCAGAUGCAUGUGGGAUGGCGGGGAGAUGUGGGAGCAGGGUAGGCAGAAACAUUACCUGCUCUCUGUGUCACCGAGCAGUCAUGAAGGGGAAAUGAGCAUGUGGAUGAAAGUGCCUGGUGAGUAUGCUGUAGCGCCGCCACAAGGAAGCCCGAGCGCCUCUUCUCACCCCGUCUUACUGUGCCUGACUCCAAAGAACACCCUCUGAAGUUGGUCAUUAAACUGAAGCCUGGGCCUCCA